AUGGCCAUCACGUUGCCGCGCCCCGUUGACAUGUUUCCUCUAGUCAUAAGCGGCAUUUCUGACGACAUGUACAAAGAAGAAGAAGAAGAAGAUGAAGAAAUCAGUAAUCCUUUGCCGUCUAGUAGUGCUCGUGCCAGCCCAUUCAAGAUGCGUCGCAAUGCGCUUAGGGAAUGUUUGGCCACAGUUGGCAAACCGCCCACUGGAAACAGUUGGGCAGUCCCAGUUUUAGGAUCCUCAGGUCUCCCAGAUCUCGAAAAAAACGCCAGCCGGUACGGGCCAUGUCUCACAUGGCCUGCCAGUGAAACCCGCAUCAAAGAUGCGACACGUUCGCCACCCGCCUCCGUCCCUCUUGACUUCCGAAGGGGGGGGGUGGGGAUCACCUUUCCAGUCAAACCCAUGUUCCAGACUAUGGGAAUAUCAGAAAAAGCCCAGCCUCCGCAUAGUUGCCGAACCCCCCCAGCGCCUAUCCUCGCUCUUGCCCCCCCCCCCCCCCCUUUCCGUAUGUUCCCAACAGGUCCCUAG